AUGGAAGUGUGGACGCAGGAAACCAUCCGAAAGAACUACGUAGGCGAUGGCAAGUGCUCCGCUCCAGGGCCUAUCGUUCCCUGGUGGAGUUGGAACGCAUCCUUGGCGAAGAAGGGAGACAAGAAGUGCAACUACGUCUACAGCUUUGCGAAUAAGGCCUGGAAGCAGUAUCAGUACACCGCCCAGUGCAUCCCCAGCGACGUUUGCGCGGUGGACGUCGUGGGCGCUACCAAGGGACUCAAAGUGGCCUACCCGGUGGUGAUCCAAAUUCUGAACCGCAACGCCGGCGACCUCUUCUACGCCGGCCAUGGACCCAUCGGCUCCUGCCUGGAGGGAAUGAAUCAAGUGAACUUGGCAAACGUGGAAGCCAAAAGAGAGGAAACCUCCAUCAAAGUCUUCGGGAAGACGAUCCCCACCGGCUUCAAAGAGGUCAUGCACAUCGAGGGCAUGAAGCAACUCCAUGUGACAGAUGCUCGGUACCGACACCUGAUUUACCGGGCCAAGGCUUGA